CUCGCCGUCCCCUCAGCGGAUUCCAAGGUCAUUAAAACUGCCCCCUUCCUCCCACCUCUCUGAAAAUCUCUAGUUUGUCCAAGAGGUGCUUGGAGAGGCGUACGUCCUGGUAUCCUUGAUGAGUUCUUAACUCUCCACCCCUUUGUUUUUUUAACCAGGUCCAGCUCGCACACGACCAUGAGCGAGGCCAUGUCAGGACCUCUUGACCGUUAUGGAAAACCUGGUCUAGAUGGCACCCGUGAAGAGAGGCGGGACAGAAGAUCCGAUGUUGAGAACUCAGAGGAUGAGAGGAAGACCAGGAUUGGAUCUCUGAAGAAGAAGGCAAUAAAUGCCUCCACAAAAUUCAGAAAUUCAUUGUCAAAAAGGGGUAGGAGAAGUAGUCGGGUCAUGUCUGUCUCCAUAGAGGAUGUGCGCGAUGCUGAAGAAAUGCAGGCUGUUGAUGCCUUCCGCCAAAUUCUCAUUUUGGAAGAGUUGCUACCAUCAAGACAUGAUGACUAUCAUAUGAUGCUAAGAUUUCUGAAGGCCCGGAAAUUUGACAUUGAGAAAACAAAGCAAAUGUGGGCUGAUAUGCUCCAAUGGAGGAAGGAAUUUGGAGCUGACACCAUUGUUGAGGAUUUUGAGUUCAAGGAGCUUGAUCAAGUCUUGGAAUACUACCCACAAGGUCAUCAUGGUGUAGAUAAGGAAGGCAGGCCAGUCUACAUUGAAAAACUAGGACAAAUUGACACCAAUAAGCUAAUGCAAGUUACGAACAUGGAUCGCUAUAUCAAAUACCAUGUGAAGGAGUUCGAGAGGACCUUUAACGUCAAGUUCCCAGCUUGCUCAGUUGCAGUAAAACGGCACAUUGACCAAAGCACAACAAUUCUUGAUGUGCAAGGAGUGGGGAUGAAACAAUUCAACAAGGUCGCAAGAGAUUUGAUCAGCCGUCUUCAGAAAAUUGAUGGUGAUAAUUAUCCUGAGACCUUGUGCCGCAUGUUCAUUGUCAAUGCAGGACAGGGAUUUAGACUGCUAUGGAACACUGUGAAGGGCUUCCUCGAUCCGAAGACCACUGCAAAGAUCCACGUUUUGGGAAAUAAGUACCAAAGUAAGUUGCUUGAAGUGAUUGAUGCCAGUGAAUUGCCAGAGUUCCUUGGUGGCACUUGCAACUGUGAAGGAGGCUGCCUUCGGUCUGACAAAGGCCCAUGGAAGGAUCCUGAAAUUCUGAAGAUUGUGCAAAGUGGCAUGGCAAGAUGUGGAAGGUCAUGCCAGGCUACUUCUGGCGCAGAUGAGAAAACAAUCUCCGAGGAUGAGGUAGUGUACCCUAAGAAGCAAGACUCAUUCUUUGGAGAGACUAUUUUAGCUGCCGAUGAUGUGCGGCCUCCCUCUCCCAUAAUGUCAAGGGUGAUUGAACACCCACACUUGUCACCUGUUCGGGAGGAAGUUGUCAGUCCAAGUUACCAGGUCCAAAGCGCCAAAGAGAGCUUCCCUACUCCAGUUGCAGAUGAUGAUUUUAUCCCAAUGGUCGACAAGAUUGUGGAUGCCAACUGGAGUAAAGAAGUGAUGAAUGAAGAACAACUUGCCCCUUCUAAAGAGACAAUGGUUAAAGGCCAGAUGCAGCAGCACUUGCCCGCAUCAACUGUCUCGGCUGCUGAAUUCUCCUCCGCCAUGAAGCGCCUCGGGGAGCUGGAAGAGAAGGUGAACAUCCUCAGCAUGAAGCCCGCCGAGAUGCCCGUCGAGAAGGAGGAGCAGUUGAAGGAUGCUGUGAGCCGUGUGAAUGCCAUGGAAGCAGAGCUUGCAGCAACCAAGAAGGCUCUGGAGGAUGCCCUUGCUCGACAGGAGGAGCUUGUUGCUUACGUCGACAAGAAGAAGAAGAAGAAGAGCAAGUUGAACCCAUUUUGCUGGUAACUGGAGGACAAAAGAAGCUGCAGGUUUUGAAAAUAGAGCUGUGUAUUUGACGUAGCUGGCUGACCAUUCUCUUGUCAGCAAAUAUACGAAUGUACUCCUUUACGUUUUGUAUUUGCCAAAUUGAUCAGUUGAAUAUAAAAAAUUCAUGAAUCUCCUACCAUCAAAC